CUUUCCGAGAGUUUCGAGAGAUGUAAACUGUCAUGGUGGCCAAUGUGUUGUUUUUCAAAGUAAAUUGAGAACACUUUCUACAUUUCCUCGUUAUGGCUAGUGAUGAUGGUGUCAUUUUAACAAACGACGAUGCAGCACAGUGUAAACGUUUCGCAGUAGAGAAGAAGUACUGGGAAGAUCGCUACAUUUCUCUGAUGACGCCAAGGAGCUCCGCGAAACAUGCGCCCGAGAUCAGUAGAGGGUACUAUUCCAGGGUGACAGCCAUGCGUUUGCUGCUACACAAAUUCUUGAAGUUGACGGGUAACAACUGUCAAGUUGUCAAUCUCGGUGCGGGAUCCGAUACAAAUUACUGGUUGCUAAAGGAUUUGAAUUUGAUACCAAAGUCCUUCAUUGAGUUAGAUUUCCAGUCAGUGACAGCAAGGAAAGUCAGCCAAAUAAAACGACAUGAUGUACUGCUCCAAACCAUUGCAUCAGAAGAGGAUGAUAUAAGGCUUAGCAAGUCAGAAAUCCAUGGAACCAAUUACCACCUGGUAAACGCGGAUCUGUCAGUUUUGUCACAAGUGGAGAAGAAGCUGCAUGAAUCCGGGAUCGAUAAGAGUCUACCCACCAUAUUCCUGGCAGAAUGCGUCCUGGUGUACAUUGACAGCAGUAAAAGCACAGAAUUAUUGAAAUGGAUCGCUCACCAGUUUCCUACAGCCUUGUUUGUCAAUUAUGAACAGGUAAACAUGGCAGAUCGGUUUGGUGACAUAAUGAUAGAAAACUUGAAGUCUCGAGAUUGCUUUCUAGCAGGAGUGGAUGCUUGUAAAACUUUAGAGACACAAAGACACAGGUUUCUAGAUGUUGGCUGGGAGGGUGCUGAUGCAAUGGACAUGCUACAAGUCUACAAAUGUCUGCCACAGGCUGAUGUUCAGAGGAUAGAGAAACUAGAGUUCAUGGAUGAAAAAGAACUGUUAGAACAGCUUUUAAGUCAUUACUGCCUAGUCUGGGCCUGGAAGGACCCGAACAACUUAGGAUUAGCCGAUCUUGAUGUCACAUGAUCAAAAGAAGGGGAAUAACUCUGUGUCCUUACCAGCCAACCCCACGUUUACGCCGCUUCAUGAAAUCCUACAAUGAUUUUUACACAGCUUCGUGUCUUAUUUACAUAUUUAUACAGAGUGUAUGUACGUUGUUGCCGGCUGCUGUGUUGUGAUUUCGGAUUAUAUUCAAGACUUGUUGAUAAUGUAAUGUGGUACGCUGCUUUUAACAUUAUGUUCAGACGAAUACAAAGUAAAUUGUUGUUGCUCGG